UACAAUUUAACAAAGAUGGCAGCCUCCUUGAAAGCAAUCUCCAGAGGCUAUGGAUUUAGUAAAACUUCUUUUUCGAAACUGAAAACUGUACAAAUACCUGAUUUGCAACUCAGAAGACAUGCAGCAGUUGUCCGUAACAUACCACCCAAAAGUUUCAAUUACUGUUACGGUCUAAUAAGGGAAUAUGAUUAUGAGAAUUUUCUUUGUAUUCUACUUCUAAAUCGAAACAUUCGAGCUUCAGCCAUUGUUAUACGAGCAUUUAACGUUGAAGUAGCCAAGGUAGCCGACAGUGUGACAGAUCCAUUCAGGGGACUAGGCAGGUUCCAGUUCUGGAAGGAUGCAUUAGAUGAAGUCUAUAACCCAAAGGGAAAAAUACCCCAAACUCCAGUUGUUCAGCUAAUAAAUUGGGUAGCUAACGAUUUCAACAUCUCCAAAUCAUGGCUGUCAAGACUGAUAGAAGCAAGGGCAUCCAAUCCCAUGAGUCAAUUCAAGACGUUGGAGGACUUGGACAAUUAUUACGAACAAGUGGUGUCCUCAGUGUAUUAUAUGCUUCUUGAAUUACAUGGCACCAAAGAUGUACAAGCAGAUCAUGCAGCUAGUCAUCUGGGUCGUUGCUAUGGUAUUGUGUCAUUGCUAAAGGCCACCCCUUCUCAGUUGUCAAAAGGACGUGUCUUGUUUCCUCACGAUUUACUGGCAAAGCAUUCAGUAUCUCAAGAGGAUAUCAAACGAGGAACAAAUGUGAAAGGUGUUAAUGAUGUUGUAUUCGACAUAGCAAGUGUUGCAAAACAGCAUUUAGAUAAGGCUAGAUCUCUGAAAGGAAAUGUUCCUAAACAAGUUGUACCUGUGUUUCUACCUUCUGUGUUUUGUGACGAUUAUCUUACGAACUUACAGAGAGUUGACUUUAAUGUGUUUGAUCCAGUGCUGAACAGGAAGAGGUUUAUAUACCACAAACUUUUACUGCAGAGAUUUAGAAAAACCUACUGAUACUGUCUGUGAUUAUUGCGAGUGUGACUUCAGUACAUGAAAUUUUCUGUGUUUUUUAUGUACUUGGGUUCACCUGUUCUUGGGUGCUUCAGUGACAGACUAUAGAGACUGAAAUAUUCUGGAAACAAAGGAUGUUUUUGGUAUUAUCAUUAUUUAAUAAAGUGAUGUUGAAGAGAGGA